AUGGAGGAGCUUUUACGCGAGCAGGAGAGCUGGGCGCAUAAUGUUUCGUGGAUUAUCUCGAGUCGUGGAAACGAAAGCCAUGUGGGAAACAACACAGUGAAUCCUUUGAAACGAAACGAAGAAGUGGCCAAAGUGGAGGUCACCGUCCUGGUGCUGGUGCUGCUGCUCGCUCUGACCGGGAACCUGUGCGUCCUGUGGGCGAUCCACACCACCAAGCACAGCCAGUCGCGGAUGUAUUACUUCAUGAAGCACCUGAGCAUCGCUGACCUGGUGGUCGCGGUCUUUCAGGUCCUACCGCAGCUCAUCUGGGACAUCACGUUUCGUUUCUACGGGCCGGAUCUUCUGUGCAGGGUGGUGAAAUACCUCCAGGUCGUGGGUAUGUUUGCGUCCACCUACAUGUUGGUCCUGAUGUCCGUGGACAGGUGCUUGGCCAUCUGCCUGCCAAUGCGCUCCAUGCACAAGGGGAAGGAUCGCUUCUGCGUGCUGGCCUCCUGGACCCUCAGCCUGGUGUUCAGUGCUCCUCAAGCUUACAUCUUCUCUCUGCAGGAGGUCGGGGACGGCGUGUACGACUGCUGGGGGGACUUCGUGCAACCAUGGGGGGCCAAGGCGUACAUCACAUGGAUGAGUCUCAGCAUUUACAUCCUCCCAGUGGCUAUUUUGAGCGUCUGCUACGGGUUGAUAUGUUUCAAAAUAUGGCAGAAUUUCAAUUUGAAAACCAGGAGGGAUCACUUCCUGACCCUCACCUCAGCCAAGGCCUCCAAGAGCGCGCACCCGCUGUCUCGCGUAAGCAGCGUGAGGCUCAUUUCGAAAGCCAAGAUUCGCACAGUGAAAAUGACGUUUGUCGUGGUGCUGGCCUACAUCGUGUGCUGGACUCCCUUCUUCUUCGUCCAGAUGUGGUCUGCCUGGGAUCCUGCUGCACCAAGAGAAGACAUGGCCUUUAUCAUCGCCAUGUUGCUGGCCAGUCUCAACAGCUGCUGCAACCCCUGGAUCUACAUGUUCUUUGCCGGCCACCUGUUCCACGACCUGGUGCAGUGCUUCUCCUGCUGCUGCCGUCCGCACCUGGCCGACUCCUCCUGUGGCUUCGAUCAACACGGCAGGCACAAGAGGAACGGCUCCACUUACGUCAUCAAGAACACCAGCAGCCAGCGGAGCCUCACGCACACGACCAGCACCGGGGGGCCGGGACAUUGA